AUGGCUAACCAUGGAGGGCUCACGUCCCUGCCGCGCGCUCACCGUCCGCGGGCGCCUAUAAUGAAUAAUCCCCCCAUUACGGCCCCAUUGGCACCGUUACGGCCCGCGCCGCCUGUCACUCUGACCCUUCCCAGGCCGGAAAAUGAACGCGCCACCAACGAGUACGUGGAGACACCCUUCAAGGCCUCCCUGCCUCCACCGACGCCAUCACCGCCGCCUCAUCCGCCGCGAGGCGGAGGUCACCGGCCCACCCGGCUCGUGCUGCCCACCAUCAGCAAGCAGCCGACGCCGGCGGCCACCACCUUCAGCAAGGAACCACCUCCCGAAUGCGCCACCAGACCUUCCAUCAUGUGUCCCGAGUGCGGGAGGUGCCGCUGCGAGUCCUGCCAACAGCCGAGGGCGCUGCCCCAGAAGUGGAUCUGCAACAAUUCCUGUCUCAUCUCCGCGGAUAGUGUUAUUGACUACGCAAGUUGUUUGUGUUGUGUUAAAGGACUGUUUUACCAUUGCAGCGAUACGGACGGCGGGGAAAGUUGUGCGGACGAUCCGUGCGGUUGUGGGCCCGAUCGAAGGACGGCUCGAUGGAGCUGCCUGGCCACCCUUUCGUGCGUUCUACCCUGUUUGUGGCUCUACUGGCCUCUGCGAGGAUGCAAGAGAGCGGUGGAAGCGUGCUAUGCGCGUCAUUCGAGGACUGGUUGCAGGUGCAGGCCGCCUCUACCCACCCCCGAGAAAAGAUUGUUGGACUCGAGCUCGGAUUUUUAG